GGCAGAUGUCUGCCUGAGAUUGUGAGUAAACAAGCAGCUCGGGGCUGAGCUCAUCAGCACCAGCGGGCCCCUCUGUCAGCCUCAGGCACUGAUCAUUAGAUUUAGGUUUUAGAUGAAGGUUGUGUGCCCCUCCCUCACCAAUCUAGCACAGGACUACAGUUUCCCCUCUCCUCAGACUUCAAGCCCUGCACAAACGAGUGUACAACAUGUUGCCCCGCCCCCAGGUCUUCUACAGCUCCUCCCAUCUCCAUCUGCUUCCACGGGUUAGGCAGCACAGAGGGAGAAACUCAGAUUCCCCUGCUGUGCCUCUAAACCCCCCCUCCCACUGCCACCAUGUGUGCCUUUACCACCUAUAUCAGCUGCCUGUGUCUCUUGCAUCCCUCCAUGUGUGCCUCUGCCCAUCUCCCUUCUGUCCCUCAGCCCCCUUUCUCAUAUGCCUCUGUCCACUUUCCCAUCUAUACUUUUGCCACAUUAUCUAUCUAUGCCUCUGAUAUUCCCCACUCUGUACCCCUGCUGCCUUUCAUCAUACCCCUGCCACCAUCUGCAGACGGACACUCUGCUUCUCCUCCAUGUGUACAAUCCACACCACCCCAUGGCUGGUUGUGCAGAACAACAAAAUCAACACAGCGUACAGUGCCACAUCAUUCAUUAGGAUGGCAGGACAGCUGAAAAGGAUUCCCACUAACAGUAAUAGAAGACAUUGUGGAAAGGGACAUUGUUCUCUGAUCAAGCCAACUACAGACGCCAUUUCUUCUUACACCUCUGGGGAUUCACAGAAGCUAUUCUCAUUAUCUGGAUAGAAAAACAUUAAACCACUAAUUUGUUUCUCAUCUAAUACAUGAUGAGUCUCACAGGAGAGAAACCACAUCUGUGCUCUGAGUGUGACAGAUGCUUUAAAUAUAAAUCACAUCUUCUCAGACAUCAGAGGAGUCACACAGGAGAGAAACCAUUUACAUGUUCUGAAUGUAGCAAGUGUUUUUCCCAGAAGUCACAUCUUGUUAUACAUCAGAGGAGUCACACAAGAGAGAAACCAUAUAAAUGUUCUGAAUGUAGCAAGUGUUUUUCACAUAAGUCAGUGCUUGUUUUACAUCAAAGGAGUCACACAGGAGAUAAACCAUAUAAAUGUUCUGAAUGCAGCAAGUGUUUUUCCCUGAAGUCACAUCUUGUUACACAUCAGAGGAGUCACACAGGAGAAAAACCAUUUAAAUGUUCUGAAUGUAGGAAGUGUUUUUCCCUGAAGUCACAUCUUGUUAUACAUCAGAGGAGUCACACAGGAGAAAAACCAUUUAAAUGUUCUGAAUGCAGCAAAUGUUUUUCCCAGAAGUCACAUCUUGUUAUACAUCAGAGGAGUCACACAGGAGAGAAACCAUUUAAAUGUUCUGAAUCCAGCAAGUGUUUUUCUCGGAAGUCACAUCUUCUAAAUCAUCACACGAUUAAUAAUGGAGAGAAACUGUUUAAAUGUUCUGAAUGCAGCAAGUGUUUUUCCCAGAAAUCACAUCUUGUUACACAUCAGAGGAUUCACACAGGAGUAAAACCAUUUAAAUGUUCUGAAUGCAGCAAGUGUUUUACUUUGAAGAAUAACCUUGAAAGACAUCACAAGAUUCACACAGGAGAGAAACCAUUUAAAUGCUGUGAAUGUAGCAAGUGUUUUUCCCAGAAGUCAGAUCUGGUUAGUCAUCAGAGGAUUCACACAGGAGAAAAACCAUUUAAAUGUUCUGAAUGCAGCAAGUGUUUUACUUUGAAGAAUCACCUUGUUAGACAUCACAAGAUUCACACAGGAGAGAAACCGAUUAAAUGCUUUGAAUGCAGCAAGUGUUUCCAAUAUAUGUCAGAGCUGGGUAGUCAUCAGAGGAUUCACACAGGAGAAAAACCAUUUAAAUGUUCUGAAUGCAGCAAGUGUUUCUCCUACAAGUCAGAUCUUGGUAGUCAUCAGAGGAUUCACACAGGAGAAAAACCAUUUAAAUGUUCUGAAUGCAGCAAGUGUUUUACUUUGAAGAAUCACCUUGUUAGACAUCACAAGAUUCACACAGGAGAUAAACCGUUUAAAUGUUCUGAAUGCAGCAAGUGUUUUACUUUGAAGAAUAACCUUGUUAGACAUCACAAGAUUCACACAGGAGAGAAACCGUUUAAAUGUUCUGAAUGCAGCAAGUGUUUUACUUUGAAGAAUGAACUUGUUAGACAUCACAAGAUUCACACAGGAGAGAAACCGUUUAAAUGCUUUGAAUGCAGCAAGUGUUUUCCACAGAAGUCAGAGCUUGUUAGUCAUCAGAGGAUUCACACAGGAGAAAAACCAUUUAAAUGUUCUGAAUGCAGCAAGUGUUUUACUUUGAAGAAUCACCUUGUUAGACAUCACAAGAUUCACACAGGAGAUAAACCGUUUAAAUGUUCUGAAUGCAGCAAGUGUUUUACUUUGAAGAAUAACCUUGUUAGACAUCACAAGAUUCACACAGGAGAGAAACCGAUUAAAUGCUUUGAAUGCAGCAAGUUUUUCCGAUACAUGUCAGAUCUGGUUAGACAUCAGAGGAGUCACACAGGAGAGAAACCAUUUAAAUGUUCUGAAUGCAGCAAUUGUUUUACUAAGAAGGAAACACUUGUUAAUCACAUGCGGAGUCACUCUGAGGCCCUGAAUGCAGCAUGUGUAUCUCCCACAGGAGAGAAACCACAUCUGUGCUCUGAGUGUGACAGAAGCUAUACAUGUAAAUCACAGCUUCUCCGACAUCAGAAGAUUCACACAGGAGAGAGACCACAUCAGUGCUCUGAGUGUAACACAAGCUUUACAUAUAAAUAUCAUCUUAUCACACAUCAGAAGAUUCACACAGGAGAGAGACCACAUCUGUGCUCUGAGUGUAACAAAAGCUUUAUAUUUAAAUCACAGCUUCUCUUACAUCAGAGGAGUCACACAGGAGAGAAACCAUAUCUGUGCUCUGAAUGCAGCAAGUGUUUUUCUUGGAAGUCACAUCUUGUUAGACAUCAGAUGAGUCACACAGGAGAGAAACCACAUAAAUGUUCUGAAUGCAGCCAGGGUUUUAUUCGAAAAUCAUCUCUUGUUAUACAUCAGAUGAGUCACACAGGAGAGAAACCAUUUAAAUGUUCUGAAUGCCCCAAGUGUUUUUUCCAGAAGACAGAGCUUGUAAUACAUCAGAGGAGUCACACAGGAGAGAAACCAUUUAAAUGUUCUGAAUGCAGAAAGUGUUUUUCCCAGAAGACAGAGCUUGUUUUACAUCAGAGGAGUCACACAGGAAAGAAACCAUUUAAAUGUUCUGAGUGCAGCCAGUGUUUUUCCCAAAAGGUAAAGCUUGCUGAACAUCAGAUGGUUCACACAGGAGAAAAACCAUUUAAAUGUUCUGAAUGCAGCAAGUGUUUUUCCCAAAAGGCAAGUCUUGUUAGUCAUCAGAUGAUUCACACAGGGGAAAAACCAUUUAAAUGUUCUAAAUGCAGCAAGUGUUUUUAUGUGAAGUUACAGCUUGUUAGACAUCAAAAGGUUCACACAGGAGAAAAAAUAUUUAAAUGUUCUGAAUGCAGCAAAAGUUUUUCCCAGAAGUCACAGCUUGUUAGACAUCAGAGGAGUCACACAGGAGAGAAACCAUUUACAUGUUCUGAAUGCAGCAAGUGUUUUUCCGAUAAGGAUAAUCUUGUUAGUCAUCAGAGGAGUCACACAGGAGAGAAACCAUUUAAAUGUUCUGAAUGCAGCAAGUGUUUUUCACAGAAAGCAGAUCUUGCUAGACAUCAGAGGAGUCACACAGGAGAGAAACCAUUUAAAUGUUCUGAAUGCAGCAAGUGUUUUUCCCAUAAGAAUAAUCUUGUUAGACAUCAGUGGAUUCACACAGGAGAGAAACCAUUUAAAUGUUCUAAAUGCAGCAAGUGUUUUUCCCAGAAGGCAGAUCUUGUUAUACAUCAGAGGAUUCACACAGGAGAUAAACCAUUUAAAUGUUCUGACUGUAGCAAGUGUUUUGUCCAGAAGGCAGAUCUUGUUAUACAUCAGAGGAGUCACACAGGAGAGAAACCAUUUACAUGUUCUGAAUGCAGCAAGUGUUUUUCCCGUAAGUCAGCUCUUGUUAAACAUCAGAGGAGUCACACAGGAGAGAAACCAUUUAAAUGUUCUGAAUGCAGCAAGUGUUUUCCCCAGAAGGCAGAUCUUAUUAAACAUCUGAGGAUUCACACAGGAGAGAAACCAUUUAAAUGUUCUGAAUGUAGCAAGUGUUUUUCUCAGAAGUCAUCUCUUGUUAUACAUCAGAGGAUCCACACACGAGAGAAACCAUGAAGGCAGCAAGGGUUUUGUUAAUCACAUGCGGAGUCACUCUGAGGGUCUGAAUGCAGCAAGUGUAUCAUAAGUAAGGGAACAUGUAUCACAACAAUAUGCAAUCAAGGGAGCAAAUUUUUAUUUUCUGAUUGUGGCAAGUGUUUUAUAUAAAUAAUUUUUGAUAAAGACAGGCGAGGUCUGACAAGUGGACUUAAGCUGGGUACCCAGUGAAUGAUAUGCCGCUCUGAUCCUCCAGAUCAGACAACAAAUCGCCCAAAUUGGAACAUAUCGGACAUUGUGUAUGCCCAAUAUGUGUGCUCCUGCGGUCGCUAGCGAUAUUGCUAGUGUCCUUGUUUAUGCUAAUGAAGCUUAUCCGUUGCAUCCCCUAGUCCUUUGCUUUUAUGCAGCAGUAGUCACCGGUUCCUUCUCUUUUAUUCAGCAGUCUCCGUCCCCUUCUCUCCUCUGAUGUCUGCUGCAGCAGUCUUCCUUGCCCCCAUGUGCAGCUCAGCAGUGGAUUCAGACCCCGCAGGCUGAUUGUGGGUCCCUGGUAGUACCUGCUGACAGCAGCGGUAGGCUCUUUCCCUACCGGAAGCGUCCCUGGGCAGUACCUAGUAUGCAAACACACAAGAGAACAGAAGCAAAGGCAGCCCUAUACCCUCAAAAUAUCUGCCCCUCACACAUGCAACAAUCACAGCCCCUCUGCUACUCCAAGUUAGAGACCCUCUUAACUCACAAGGUCAGCCCCUUGCAGCCUCACCAGAGACUCAAUGGUUUUACAAAUAUUUGUGUUCCUGAUUGCGUAUUAUAAAACCUUUUUCUGUAUUCUAACUCAACUGCUGCUGUUCCCAACUCAAAAUACACUUAAAAAUCCAAGCUAUCACCUUAGAAUGCAAGCCUCCUUACAAUGAGCAAGCUCUAAUAAGUCUGCUCACUGAUUAAAUAGGCUCUCUGGCAGCUGCUGUAAUCAGCCCCUGCUCCUCCUGAUUACUUCACACCUAGAUUCAACCCCAUUCCCCCUGGUUUCUCCUCACACUUAAGAAAGCAAAGCACAGAUACAAACACCAGAUUCACACUAAAUGUUUCCCACAAUAUUACAAUCCCUAUAUGGAUAGCCUCCUUUCAAUGAGCAAACCAUGUAAUAUUUUGUGAAAUGUUGCAACAAAGAUGCUGGUCACCUGCCUCCCAUAGUAACAAUUACUACUUUGCUAACAUUAGAUAGUGGAUAUCUGAUUGCUAAGAUCCUUUGUAAUACAGUAUUUUUAUUCUUAACUAGUAAAAUGUACACAAUAUUAUGACAGCCAUCUAAUGUACAUCUCUCCUGCAUGUAUACUGAUAAACUAUGUUAAAAUAUCCGUAAUAACGUUUUUGUAACAAGCAGCUGUCCCCAUAACACUUGUUUAAUAAAAACUGAUCUGGAUAAA